GAUUACACCUGUGGCUGCCAUCUGCAUAAAACCACAUACCCAGCCACGUCUACAAGAGAGAUGGGGUAUUUAUGAAAAUAUAUUCUAUUCAUUUCUUAAUUGUUUGCUUUUAUGAAUCAUUAAUGGGCGAGAAAGGAGAAACUUAUCGUGUAAGACUUCUCAAGGCUCCUUGUGGGAAUUCAAAAGAAGUGAGCAGGUGGCUGUGCAGACGCAUGAAUCUGCCCUGUGAGAAAGGUCCAGAGGGAAGGUAUGACUUUGAAAGCAUGGCGGAGACAGACAGACGUGCAUUCUCCAAAUUCAAUCCUGCAGCCAAGCAACCAGCUGAAAAUGCGGCUCUGGCCCCUCUGCGUGAUGGUGUGUCUCUAAUAGAUCAUUGCUCUGGUCAACUGAGUACAGGGGCACAGGUGCAUCUGGAGGUAACCAGCAGAACUCCAUUCGUCAAUAGGGUUUAUCCUACGUCUGAUCUGUGGGUUCCGGCAGGUGCACGAGACAGGCCUCAAACUCCACCAACCCGACCUUCAGCUUUGAUAUAUGACAAUUCUGAACACAAGAGGUGGAACUCGAGGAUGAGACCAGAGGCAGCACUGAAAGCAAAACUUGAAGGUUGGACAAAUGCACAGAGCAUUAAACAACCCUCUCAGGACAGCCAUGAAAUAAAUGCGGAUCCGGAUCCAUCUGUUCUUUUUGAUAGCAAAGCAACAGCAGCUCAACAAUAUAUCUACACUUCUGCAACCCAAAGAGGUUAUGAGGAUGUGGCCUGGGACUCGAAGUUGCCUCCUCGUCACGAACCACCCAUAUCUUCUCUGGAAAAAAUGGCUGACCCUGUGAGCCAGUGCUUUGUGCUAAAGCGAUACCAUAGUAGACCUGAGCUUUGGCAGGCCAUUGGAUCCCAUUGGAGCAAACACCAGUUACGUGGCACAUUUAACCCAAAGAAACCCAUUAGCUUCACCAGUUCAUGCCCAAAAUCAGGCCAUAUUCCUUUAUACUGCGGUACAGUGGGCUCUGAGAACAUGGACAAUGUGAACAUCCCAGAAGAAGACUUCACCCCUCUGACAGUUUUGAGGAGCAAAGUACCUCCUCAUACCCUUACCAGCUAUCGAACUACUAUUCCUGGUUACACUGGAAAAGCCCGGUUUGAUAGAGCACAGACUUCAGAGGCCAGUCUGCCUUCUUUGCUUUGUACUCCACAAACAGCAGGGAGCCUUCCUGGCACAUGGAACUCCUCAUUCUAUGGACGCAAAGCUCCACUAUCAAGUAUGAUCACUACUGUCCCUCCAGGAAACCCUUACCUUCAUUCCAAAGCCCCGGUACUUUCCAUGAAAUAACUAAGAGGAAGAGUGUUCUUUUACAAAGAAAAAUAAAUGAUGAAGAAAUAUGGGAAA